CGCAUCGGGCCGGGGCCGGGGGGGCGCCGGGGCCGGGGGGCGGCGCUCCGGCCCGGCCCGGCCCCGCCCGAUGUCCAUGAGUGCGAACACCAUGAUCUUCAUGAUUCUGGGGGCGUCGAUCGUGAUGGCCAUCGCGUGCUUGAUGGACAUGAACGCGCUGCUGGACCGAUUCCACAACUACAUCCUCCCGCACCUGCGGGGCGAGGACCGCGUCUGCCACUGCGACUGCGGCCGCCUCCCGCCUGGUGACCUGGGUCCUGGUGAGCCCCUGCCCGACCUCGGCUCCCCACGAGGGCUGCUUCAAAGGACCCCAGCAGGCCAGCGGGUGCGGCCUACUGCGGGGGUCCCUGCCCAUCCCGCGGGACAGGUGCCAGCCCGCCCUGCCGCCCCCAGGCACCACGUCCACUACGUGAUCCCGUACGACGGGGACCAGUCUGUGGUGGACGCCUCGGAGAACUACUUCGUGACAGACAACGUCACCAAGCAGGAGAUCGACCUCAUGCUGGGGCUGCUGCUCGGCUUCUGCAUCAGCUGGUUCCUGGUGUGGAUGGAUGGCGUCCUGCACUGCGCGGUGCGCGCCUGGAGGGCCGGCCGGCGCUACGAUGGCUCGUGGACCUGGCUGCCCAAGCUGUGCAGCCUGCGGGAGCUGGGCCGGCGGCCGCACAGGCCCUUCGAGGAGGCGGCCGGGAACAUGGUGCACGUGAAGCAGAAACUCUAUCACAACGGCCACCCGAGCCCGCGGCACCUCUGAGCCGCAUGCAGGACUCGCGGGGCCGCCUGCCACCGCGCCCACGCUCACGGGACUGGACGGCCGGCCCCGGCCAGGGCGCUCGGGCCGUCGGGCGCGUCCGGCGGAAGGUGCUGUCUCCUCUUCUUUUUAUAAAGGGGGUCGGGUUGGGGCGGGGGCGCGAGGCGGCGGCACUGGGGGCGCGGGCGGGGCCGCGCGCCCCGUCUGGGACAAUGUCUGCCGCUUGAAACCGGCGGUGGCCUCCUGCGCGCCCGCGUCUGUCUCUCUGUCCCUCCGUCUGGUUCAGGGAGCCAGUGCUGCCGGAGGGGGAGUGCGGCCGGGAAGCGGGGGGCCGAGCCCCGGCGCGCCCACGUCUGCACACGGGAGCACGUGCAUGAGACGUGUGCUUCCGCGGGCUGCAGUGGGGGCGCGGAGUCAGGCUCUGGGGGAGGCCCCAGCCCAGCAAUAAGGCCCCCGAGCCCCGCUGCGGCGAGUGCGGCCACCCUGCCCAGGGAAUCCCCGGUCGGGCGCCUCACUGUGACUCCCACCCCUGCUGGUCAGUAAAUUCUCCAGAAAGCUCCA